AUGGGGGAACAGCGAGAAAUAGUGAGUGUCAAUCAGAUGAAGAUAGCAGUAACUGCAUUACAACCAGCAAAAAGGCAAAUUACCAUGGAAGAACCCACCCAAGAAAACAACAUGGACACACAAACAUGGGACUCGUCACAUUCUAAAUCUAAAACAAUAGAUGAUUUGAUAGGAGAAAUGAUAGCUUUACAGAAUCUGCCGUUUAAUUUUGUUGAAGGUAUUGGUUUCCGUCGAUUUAUGCAAGUGGUUUCGCCAAAUUAUGAAUUAAGAGAACAUAAGUUUUACGAAAUUCAUGUGUAUGACAAGAUAUAUAAAAAAAUUACAAUAAAAAUUAGAGAAAUGCUCAAAUUGUUUCAUAAGCUAUCAAUUAAUAUGGAUAUUUGCUCAGAACAGAGUGCUAAUGCAUUACUUUUGACCUUUACUGCUCACGGGAUAACUGAAGACUUUGAUCAAAGACAGAUUGUCUUAAAGUGUUGCUUACUUUGUGGCAAUUACUCUGAUGACAUAAUUUGUGACUACUUUACAAAAAUGAUGCUGGAGUGGGACAUCAAGGAAGAACAACUGCAUUGCUUUAUUCACAAUGGUAAGUCAAUUAUCGAGAAAGUAACGCAUUUGGCCAACGUACCUAAUGUGAACUGCGUAGUCCACCAACUACAACUGUGCGUUUGUACUGCUCUAGAAACUCCAGAAAUAAAGGAUUUAAUUGCAAAAUGUAAACAGAUAACCGGACAUUGUAGUCAGUCUCAAAUAGCCAAAGAGGAGUUGUUCAAAAUCCAAAGAGAGCAACUUAAUCAACCUACACUUAAUGUGAUUCUAGACUGUGAUAAUAGAUGGAAUGGUACUUACCAUAUGGUAGAGCGGCUGUUAAAGAUUAAAGAUUCUAUUAGCCUUUACGCCUGCAAACAUGACAUACCGCAAAUUUCCCCAGAAGAAUGGUUGACACUUAAUAAAAUAAUAGCAGUUUUGACUCCUUUUGAAGAAAUUACAACAAUUUUAACAAAAAUGAAAACUUGUAUAUCAUCAGUAAUCCCAUUGAUUCAUGUGUUAAAACAUAAAUUGAGGAUAGAGCGAGAUAGUCAUAAGACAAAUCAGUAUAUCGCAAAUUUUAUUAUAAAACUAAUUGGUGAAGUCAAUGUGAAGUUUUGUGACCUUUCCAACAAUAUGUUGUAUUCUCUUGCAACAUAUCUAGACCCAAGGUACAAAUCAAAGUUUUUUAAUGAAAUAGAGAAGGAACAAGUUCAAUCUGAACUGCUACGCUUGCUAAUGUUACGUGACUUGAGUAAUGUAAGUGCUAUGAGUGACAUUGAUGAUGAUGACGAUGGUGAUGACAGAGAGGAUGGUGAUGAUAAUAGCGAACCAAGGUUUGUUACCAAAAGGCUUAAAAUUGAAUUUGUUGAUAUAAAUAAUGAACCAUGCACAAGCUCUCAGAAUUUACAGUCCAUGCAAAAUAUUAAUUCAGAUUUGGCUGCCAUGUUGAACGGUGGCAGUGAUGAUGAAAAUACAGGAAAUGACAGCAUUGGAACCAAUAUGAACCUAAUUGUAUUGAAAUCAUUAAUUAAUGAAUAUAAUAAUCAAAAACGACUCCAGCUAAAUGAAGAUCCUUUAUUAUGGUGGAGAUAUAACAUACAAUUUCAAGCUUUCCUUCCCAUCGUACGCACUUACUUAUCAACGCCACCAGGAUCAUUUCCUAGUGAACAGCUGUCUAAUGGAUCUGGUUCGAUUAACGAACCCUUUUAUAAUCACCUGGACAGUGACAAUUAUGCUAAACUUUUAUUCGUUAAAUAUAAUUUGCCUCUUGUUAAUUUUGAUUACUAA